AUGGUGCACCAUAGAUUAGAUAACAUAUUAAUCAUUUACCCAAGAAGUCAAACCACGCUUGUUCAAUUUGGCUUACACAAUGACACGUUUUAUGUCCCAGAAUUAGAAAUCCCAACAAUCAUUUAUAAAAGUACAAACGAUAAAGGUGAAUCCAUUUAUUAUCCUACUGAAGGUCCCAAUAGAUUACCAAUUUGCCCCAUUGAAAAUGGAAUGAUUAUAAACCUCGAAGCAUUUCAAGAAUUCCUAAAAUACAUUUAUAUUUCAUUAUUAAAACAAAAACAUGAUGAAAAUGCCGAUAGUUUUGAAUAUUCUUUCACAAAUAUCCCUCUAUUAUUACUCAAUAAUCAUAAAUGGUCUCAAUUCCAAAUGGAAUCAAUAACAAAUUUUGUUUUUGAAAAAUUGAAAUUAAAUGGGUUAAUGCUUUUACCAAUUUCCCUUGGGGCAUCUUAUUCCAUGGUUUCGUUACAAAAUUGUUGUAUCAUUGAUAUUGGUUUAAACCAUACAGAUAUUGUCCCCAUUGUCGAUUAUACCACUAUAAACCAUCUAAGUAAUACACUCAAUUAUGGUGGUAGUUAUAUUAAUACUAUCUUGCAAAAAUUAUUACCUGAAUUAAAUGAUCAACAAAUUGAAGAUUUGAAAAAAAGUCCUAUUUUCGAAGUAUUAACUGAAGAUGAAAAAAAUGAUUCUGCUUUUGAUUUUAAUAAUCCAAUAACUACAUCUACAAAGAAUAAAGAUGAUGACGAUGCAGAUUUUGAUGUGGCGUCUAUCAUUAAUAGUGGUAAAGAUACAAGAGAAAUCUUGGCAGAAAGAGAAAAGAAAAAUCAAAAAAAAUCUUUACCUAAUUCACAAUUAGAAUUUAAUACUUUUAAAGAUAAUAAUGGUAAUCAAAUCAAGAUCGGGAAACAAAGAUUCCAAGGUUGUGAUGAAUUGAUUCAAAAGAUUUCUACAAGAGUAGGUCAUACAAUUAAUCAACUGGAAGAUUUAUCCAAGCAAAGAGCCAUAUGGGAAAAUAUAGUCAUUGUAGGUAAUACUUCAUUGAUCACAGGGUUCAAAGAAGCUCUUUUAAAUCAAUUGGUUAUAGAUCAUUUGGUAGUAGAGCCUGCAGAUGAAAAGAGACAAAGAGAAAAGGAAAAUUUCGAAAAAAUACUUGCAUCUCAAAAUGAAUCUAAUACCUCCACUUCUUCAACAAUAACAAAUAAAAAAAAUAAUACAAAGGCUUAUGGUGCUCCAUUUUUACCAAGUUUAGAAUACGUCCAUGGUCCAAGUGUCAUCAAAUUAGCCAAGUACCCAGAAUACUUCCCAGAAUGGAAAAAACAUGGGUAUGGAGAUAUAGUAUUUUUGGGUGGUCAAAUCGUGGCUAAACAAAUAUUUACACAUUCAAAAGAUACUUUUUAUACAACAAAACAUAAAUAUGAACGCCAUGGACCAAGUGCUAUAUGGAAUGUGGAAUUUUAG